AUGGUCGCUCCAAAUCUCUACCACUCUAUACUCGUGUCCCUUCUGUGGGCGUCAGUAUGGUUUAGCAGCCUUGCAAGAGCUGACUACAAUCGCCUCUGUCCUAAUAAAGAAGGGCAAAUCCAAGUCGAUUCCACCUUUUACACCGUCACCUGUGAUACAUCCUACAUAUCUCCCGCUCCAAAGAAGGUAAAGGAGGGCGUAUCCGCCGAGGACUGCGCUCGGCUGUGUACGGCGCAGCCAGCAUGCCGUGCCAUGGUCUGGCAUUUGGGAAACUGUUGGCAGUCCGAUAAAACAGACGCGGUCUCAUUCCGUGUCCCUGGCGCUGUACUAUUGACACCGGGCGAGAAAAAAGAUCCCGUUACUGAACCAUCCCCUGGGCAACAGAAAUGCCUCGAGGAAAAGGAGCUAUUGGCACAGGAGAAGGAGCUGUUGGCAAAGGAGAAGGAGCUGUUGGCACAAGAGAAGGAGCAAUGUGGUAAAAACUUGGCGCAAUGCGAAGCUGAGAAGAGCAGCAUAUCUGCCGCAAAAGCCACAUGCGAGAAAAAUCUCGCGGCUGCAAACAAAGAUGUUGGGCAGAGAGUCCCUGACGACUUCGUUCCUUCCCGAGUUGAUGAUGGACGGGAGGUGAUUAUUGCUGGGAAGAAAUGGAAAAUUUAUUACGCCAAGUGUAUAUCUCCCAUUUCCAGGUCCUCUGCCACGCUAAUUGGUUUAUAG